AUGCUCCCACUUCCUCCCGCUUACGAUGAUUAUCGGUUCGAUGACGACCUCGAGGGCCUCGGCCUGCGCAAGCGAAAGAGACGGUAUGAAGACGACGAGGAACUCUACGAGGAGAACUCCGGCGAUGAAUACGGUGGUCGCCACUCCCUUCAUGACUAUGGCUUUGUCAACGGUGCCAAGCGCAGCACGCGUAGCGCCCGCGCUUCUAGUGAAAGGAGCAUAGCCUAUGAAAGCGGCACCGAAUCACGAGCGCUGAGACCCCGCUCACAGAAGAAAUAUCGAGAUUACGACAAGGAUGAACUCCAAAAUUCUGACGAUGACGAUGGUUUUCUUGUUGUCACAUCUGACAUCGUCAAAACCAGAGGCAGGAAAAAGCGGAAGUCCACUACGAAGGUCAAGGCGUCAGGGGGAGAUUCAGAUAUCGAGUUCGAGUCAAAACGGCGUUCCUCUCGGGCCAACAAAUCCAGGAAGAGCAUGAAGGAGAUUUUCGACGAUGAUGAUGACGACAUCUUCUACGUUCAAGAUACCAAACCUACCGCACCCAGGAUUGCCAGUGUUCGAGAGGUCUUCCAGCCGGCCCCGGUGGACUUUAAGGAUGCCCAUCGUCCGAAGAAAACACCCAAACAAGAAGAGAAACUGCGUGAGGAAAAUGAUGGAGUGGAUCCUAUCAAGCCAGUAGACCCGAAGCUGGUCAACAAUCCUCAAAAUGUCUUGUUUCGUUGUAGCAAAUGCCAUCGAGGCUGGCAUUAUGAACACCUACCUCACCCCAACGAGACACGGGAUCCGGCCAUCAAUGAUCCUCUCAAUCUACGCAGUCAUCGCCUACAAGAAUACCAAACAACGUGGCGAUGCAAAGAAUGCAUUGAUACCGAGGAUCUCAAGAUCGACAAGAUUGUGGCGUGGAGACCAGUCAAUAUCAAGCCCAGCCAGUACGGCAAAGGUCAGACCAUUCUCGACUUCACCGAUGAUCAGAUCGAGUAUUUGGUCAAAUGGGAGGACAAGUCCUAUGCGCAUUGCGUCUGGGUGCCAGGUCCAUGGGUUUACGGUGUCAGCAAGGGCAAUAUGCGUCUUUCUUUCAUCAAGAGGGCCCUCGGAGAGGGUAUGGAAGACCAGGCCAGUAGGGAUGAGCCUGCUGACGCGCUCCUCAAAUGGACAGAGAAAGAGGCCAUCCAUGACUCAUGGUUGACCCCCGAUAUCAUCCUCGAUGUCCAGUAUGCUGCCAAGUCGAUUGAAGACACAAAGAAGUAUAAGGCAAUGUCGCUUGCCGACAGGAUGGAGUACGAUUUGAGCCGCAUCUUUCACGUUGUUAAAAUCUUCGUCAAGUUUGAAGGUCUGGGCUACGAUGACGCUGUCUGGGACACUCCACCUCCUGCGGACUCUUCCAUGUAUGACGCCUAUCUUGAGGCCUACCGGGAAUACCUCAACGGCAAGCACUUCAAGUCGGAGCCAUGGCGCAACCAAAAGGAACGCAUUGAAGCAUUCAGGCAGAUGGAAUUCAACGGUGCUAUUGAGGUCAAGCAACAACCACCCGGGCUUACUCGUGGCAAGCUGAUGGCCUACCAACUUGAGGGCCUCAACUGGAUGCUCUAUAAUUUCCGCCACGACCGCAGCGUUAUUCUUGCCGAUGAAAUGGGUCUAGGAAAGACUGUUCAGGUGGUUGCUUUGCUCUCCAGCAUGAUCCAGGAUAACCCGAAAAUCUGGCCCUUCUUGAUCGUUGUCCCCAACCCGACGUGCGCCAACUGGCGCCGUGAAAUCAAGAAAUGGGCUCCUGACCUUCGGGUAGUAGCCUACUACGGCGGCCGGGUAUCACAAACUCUGGCCCUUCAAUAUGAGCUGUUCCCGGGUGGUACUAAGGACAUGAAGGCGCACGUCGUCAUCAUGUCUUAUGACUCCAUCAAAGAUACCGACACUCGUAGUCGGUUCAGCUCAGUGAAAUGGGCUGGCCUCAUUGUUGACGAGGCACAGGCACUGAAGAAUGACGAGAACAGUCUCUACAAAGCACUUUCGGCCAUUAAUAUUCCCUUUAAGCUUUUGCUUACGGGUACACCCUUACAGAACAACAAGCGAGAGCUUUUCAACCUCUUGCAGUUUAUCGACCCGAAGCUUAAAGCGGAGGAGCUUGACGAGGAGUUCAAGGAUAUUACCAAGGAGAACCUUCCGAAGCUUCAUGAGCUGAUCAGGCCAUACUUCCUCCGUCGUACCAAGGCCAUGGUACUCACCUUCUUGCCGCCGAUGGCCCAGAUCAUCUUGCCAGUGAGCAUGACUGUCUUGCAGGAAAAGCUCUGCAAGUCGAUCAUGGAGCGCAAUCCUCAGCUAAUCCGCGCGAUUUUCUCCUCCAACGGAAAGCUCAAGUCACAGGACCGUGGCUCGUUGAGCAACAUCCUGAUGCAGCUCCGCAAGUGUCUGUGCCAUCCAUUUGUCUACAGUCAGUCGAUCGAAGAUCGGAACCUGUCCCCGGAGGUCAGCAAGCGGAACCUGGUCGAGGCCUCUUCCAAGCUUCUGUUGCUCGAAGUCAUGCUUCCUAAACUAAGGGAGCGUGGACACAGAGUUUUGAUGUUCAGUCAAUUCCUCGACCAGCUGACAAUUUUGGAAGACUUCCUCGCGAGUAUGAAUCUUCCGUAUGAACGACUUGACGGAAGUCAUUCUGGCAUGGAAAAGCAGAAAAGAAUCGAUGCAUUCAACGCCCCGGAUUCCAAAUUGUUCUGCAUGCUUCUGUCAACCCGUGCAGGUGGCGUCGGUAUCAACCUUGCGACUGCCGACACCGUCAUUAUCCUUGAUCCCGAUUGGAACCCUCAUCAGGAUAUCCAGGCGCUUUCGAGAGCCCAUCGUAUCGGUCAACAAAAGAAGGUGCUUUGCUUCCAGCUUAUGACCGUCGACUCUGCCGAGGAGAAGAUUCUUCAGAUUGGUCGUAAGAAGAUGGCUCUUGAUCAUCUUCUCAUUGAGACCAUGGACGACAAAGAAGGCGAGGCUGUUAACGAUGUGGAGAAUGUGCUUAAGCACGGAGCGGCCGCCUUGUUCGGAGAGGGGCGCAAGAAGGACAGGAUCGUAUAUGAUGAAGCAGCGAUUGAAAAGCUUCUUGAUCGUUCGGCCAAGGAAGAAACGAAGCAAGACGGCGACAAGUCCGCCGAGUCUGCGUUCGCUUUUGCCCGUGUCUGGGCACAGGAUGGGCUGAAGGAUGACGUGGAGACGGAGGAGAAGGCAUUAACAAUGAGUGUUUGGGACCAGAUUCUUCAGCAACGAGAAGAAGAGGCACGCCUCGAGAGGGAGAAGGAAAUGCAGGCCAUGGGACGUGGUGGCCGACGACACAGUUCGGACCCCCGGAACCCCCAAAAAAACCGCUCAAGGCAAAACUCCCAAAGCCAGCUCGUCGUCCAAAUUACGCCCGUCCCCAUCCCAGCAGGCCCAAAAGCAACCGGCCGCCAACCAAAGCCACCCCGACCUGGCAGCAACGGCCAAGACAUCUACCGACUUGCCGGCUAUAACAGACCCAAAGCUCAAACCCCCGUUCCCGACGGCGUUGCCAUGCCCCCCAAUGCCGUGUCCCCCAAUGCCAUCGGCGGCGACCUUGCCGUUCACCCCAGGCCCGUCCCCGCCAAUCAGCGAGCAAACGGAGCCUCGAAACUAACCUCCAAUACUCAUACUUCCCGUCCCCGUCCUAGGAGCCGGAAUCCGCCCACCCCCAGUGCUCUCUGGUCCAACCAAGGCCCACCCGUACCGCCAAAUGUCCCUCAUACUUCGUGCUUCGUCUGCGGCUUCGUACACCCUCCUACGUGGAUGUGUCCCGAGAUGAGCCAGGAAGUCCCUCUACGGCUGGCGCUGGAUAAUCUUAGGUUCAUACCACACCAGACUCCGGAGAGGUUGGAAGUCAAGCGUAAAUUCUUGCUCGAGAUGCUGAGGGUGGUACAGCGGAGGAAGGAUGAUGCUAUGAAGGCGAAGCAGAGGCAGUCGGGUCAACCGCCCCAGCAGAGGGAAGGUGGGGAAGGAGGACAAGGACAAGGACAAGGACAAGGACCACCGCAAGUUCCAAGGCCUCCAUCAUAG